CUGGAUUGAAGUGAUGUAUUUCAAGCGUCUUCAACGGAAUUUAGCAGUUUUCAUUUUCAUUCUCCUUUGUCUUCCGGGUGCUGCUGGUUACUUUUUAAAACAUGUGAAGACAGGGAAGUGUAUUUACGCCACAACAGUGUUAGAAAGUAGUGGCAACUGGGGAGAAGUUCUUUUUCUUGAACUUUCCAACAACUGUCUAGACGACGCUGCUCAGUUCUGUAAUCGUGCUAAUGGCGCCAUGUUGAAUUUAAAAAGAAAAGGAUGUCUCUAUGCAGCUUAUAAGUAUGGUAAAGGCAAAAAACAUGAUAUGCUUUAUCUUUACGUCAGCGACAAUUUAGACCUUUCUGCUUGUGCCUCUUAUCGUUCUAUAACCCAGACGUCUUGGGGAGGUUUAUCCACAUAUUACAAAGGCUACAAAGAUAGCUUAUUUCAAACCUGGUGUGCAGUCCCUCAGUCAAAUAGUCCCUUUAGAAAAGAAGGAAUAGAUCCUUACAUUCGAAUGACGAAAUAUUGUAACGAAGAUGAUGAUAAACGGUUUAAUUUUGGUUCAGUGACAUGUUACGGAGAGAUGGUGAGGAACGCCACUUGUCCUAAGGCCAGCUCUUCCCCAGGACAUGUUAAACAGUACAUGAUGGUCAAGACUGCAUCUUACCGUGGAUUGUCAGACUCAAAGACAUGUGGUUUCAGCGAUGAUUAUAAUUGUACAGUUGAUGUAACAUGUCUUGUUAGGAAACAAUGUGAUGGUCAACAUGAAUGUAAUAUAAUUGUGAAUGAAACCUUGUUCUCUGAUGAUAUGUGUCCUGGAUUGAAAAAAUAUCUUUACUUUGAAUACCGAUGUUUUAAUGAUGUGAAACCUUUUAGCAAUUUUUGCGUUCGUGGCAUAUCUUUAUCAAAUUCAUCUUUGCCAAACGAAGGUAUUGUACAAAUUACAGCGAAUAAUUGGACCAGGAGUGUUUGUGCAGGAAGUUUAACAAACAAAGCCAAUGAUGUUGUUUGCGUUCAAAUGGGAUACAAAAGAGCAGACUCUGUUGUUAAUACGCCGGUUCUACCAGAUUCUAAGGAUGAAAUGUUUUCUGGAACCAUAAACUGCAAUGAUGACGACAACGACCUAUCUUACUGUUCAUUCACAGUUACCGCCUCAAGUUGUUCUCAGUUGUCAUACAUAAAAUGUCAUAUUUGUAACAAGCCUCUGUUAGGAGAUAAAGAAAGAUUUUCUGAUUCGUCAUUCAAUGCCUCAGUUUCUUCAGAACAUAACAGAGCUUCUGAUGCAAGGAUAUCCAGUGGUAGUUCUUGGUGUGCUCCUGUCUCAGAUGGUGAACAUUAUCUUCAAGUGGAUUUUAAAAAACUGUAUUUGAUAUAUGAUGUUGCAACAUUUGGCGACGGUACUAGUGCGAAAUGGGUGAAGACGUAUAUCUUGAAUUAUACCACUGACUUGAUAAACUGGAAACAAUUUCAGGUCGCUGGGUUUCAAAAGAUAAUUCAGGGAAACAAGAAUCGUAAUGACGCAGCCAUAACAAGUUUAAAUGGCAUACAAGCAAGAGCGUUACAGUUUAUUCCAUUAUCAUAUGAAGGUCAACCUUGUAUGAGAAUUGAGAUCUGCGGGGAAAGAGUCGCUGGUUUCUUUGUGAAACAUGUUAAGACAGGGAUGUGUGUUAACGACACAGGAGUUGUGAAACAUUCUGGCCAACUUUGGGGUAGCUUGUCUUUUUUGGAACUUUCUAGCAACUCGUGUUUCGACAAAGCUGCUCAGUUUCGGUUUCGUGAUAAUGGCGCCAUGUUCAACAUUAAGAGAAAAGGAUGUCUCGCUGCUUAUUCUAAAAAUAAUUUUGGUUUCUAUCAAAAUAUUUUUUACCUUUACGUUCCCGCUACAUCAAUAGAAUUAGAUGUUUCUGCCUGUGCGUAUGACCCUGAAAGGGAUAUCUAUCGUCCUAUAACUCAGACGUCUUGGGGAGGUUUAUCGAUAUAUUAUAAAGGAUAUAAUAAGGGUUCAUUUCAGACCUGGUGUGCAGUCCCUAAAACAAAUAAACAUCUAGAUCAACAUUAUGGAAUUGAUCCCUACAUUGGAUUGACAACAGAUUGUGAUGACAUUGAGGAUAAACGUUUCAUUUUUGGGUCGGUGACAUGUUACGGAGAGUUGGUAGGCAAUAUCAACUGCCCUAAAGAUCAGUACAUGGUGGUCAAGACUGCAUCUUACCGUGGAUUGUCUGACUCAAAAACAUGUGGUUUGAGUGAUGAUUAUAAUUGUACAGUUGAUGUAACAUGUCUUGUUAAGAAACAUUGUGAUGGUCAACAUGAGUGUAACAUACCUGUGGAUGAAACCUUGUUCCCUGAUGAUUUGUGUCCUGGAUUGAAAAACUAUCUUUACUUUGAAUAUCAAUGCUCUAAUAGCAGUAAAGAUUUUGAAAAAAAAUGUGCCGUGUUUCCAGAUCAACCAAGAAACCUCACCGUCACAAGCAUCAAGUCUAGAAAUGCUAAAAUAUCUUGGAUUGGUCCUGAAAAUGAAGGAUAUUAUGGUGUCUCACUGUUUAGAAUCAGACUAAAGAAAGAUAACUCCCUUAUUCUGAAUACUACCACAGGAAAGAUUACAGAAUAUCUACUAAGUAAUCUCACUCCGUACACAAGAUACGUGUUAUCCGUAGCUGCUGGUAAUGUGAAAGGUAUUGGAGAUGAGAAAAUCACGUCGUUCCUAACAUCGGAAGAAGCACCAAGUGGUCCUCCAUUAAACAUUAAAACCACAUCAAGAAGUACAUCAUCUUUGUCUUUCAUUUGGGAUCCUCCUGAAGAAAGUAAACAAAAUGGCGUAAUUAUUGGUUAUACUGUGUGUGUUUUACCAUCGGGAAAAGGGGGUUGUUUUCAGACAAUUACAACCAGUGAAAGAUAUUGGAUUGUCCGAAAGUUAAAUUCGUCAACUAAAUAUUACAUUCGUGUUCGAGCCAGUACCAAAGCUGGUCAUGGAAACUACAGUGAAAGUAAAGGGUUUUUUACAAAUGGAAAACCCACAAAAAAAGCGAUAGAAGGGACAUCAAGUACUCUAACAUUUUCACUGGAAAUACCAGGGACAUUUGCGUAUCUUUAUGUUGUGGCCCUAAAAUUAAAAAACGGUAAAGAGCCUGAAUCAACUGACAGUUUUAUGAACAAUAACUUGGUGACGUAUGCAGAGGCAAGAAGGUCAGCUGACCCGAAACCUUAUAUCGCUGCAGUAUUUACGCCAAGCGAUAUCGAUGAGCACAUGUUUAUACUUGGUGAUGGUAAGAAUACAAGUGAUCCAACAUCACGAAAGCGCAGAUCAGCUGCGAGUGGCUAUUAUAAUGGUCCGCUGGAACCUGGCUCUAGAUACAGCAUUUUUCAAAGGGUUAUACUUAAUGAAAAGAAUGAUUUCUACUCCACAGACUGGAGUCCAGCUUCAAGUACCACAGACUACACAGGUAGUCCUCAUGUGCUGACAAACAUGUCCAGUGGUAACGUAAUAGGAAAGGAAGGUGAUCUUGUCAACCUGCUGUGUUCUGCUCAAGGUGAACCACCAAUUACAUUCAGCUGGGAAAAAGAUCAGACGCCGCUUGGUGGGUUCAUUGUAAAGGACAUGCCUCAUCGUAGUUCUUUGCUUGUUGUAACAGUGAAAGGCGAAAAAAGUUUUGGCAAAUAUAUUUGUCAUGUUCAUGAUCGAUUUCAAAGCACAACUUAUACAGUCUCUGUACAAAAACCUACAGAUUGCGGAAGUUUUGGAAAUCACCUUGUAGGAAUUAUAGUUUUAAUAAUUCUCGUCGUUUUUUCACUGGUUAUGAACGCUCUUCUCUUUCACCGAAUUCGUCGUCUCAAAUCAUCCAGCACCAUGAAAAGUUUGGAGAAGGCUAGCCACAAUUUGAGUGAUAUAUAUGAAAAUCCAAAAAAAGAUGACGUCAACAAUUAUGAACAAGUGGAAGAUGAACAGUCGACGUAUACAGCUCUAAAAAAGAGUGGGAAAGACAAAAAUGAUGACCAUGUUUAUAGUCAUCUAAAUAAAGGGAAAAAAGACUGCAAAAAUCAGGAUGAAACUGGAAUUUAAGAUGGUUGCCUAUUGCACUUGCAUAAUUAUAGUAAUAAUAAAAAUGUGAACAUCUACAAAACCAGAAUUUUGCACUGAAUAAAAUGAUUGCGAAUUAUUAUCGUACCGUAAAUAUAAUAAACAUAUGAAGCCAGUAAGCAAACAUUUUCUUUUGACGUCGACAUGCAUUGUUACGUUUUUACCUUAAAAAAUGAGACAGAAAACAGAAAGGGCUAUUGAUAUUACUACUGAAUUAGUAUAUUCAAUACAAACUAAAUUGAGUAUAUAACUAUAUAUAAAUCAUUCAAAAAAUUUGUAAUUUUGGUUGCAUCUUUUAUCGGGCAAUAUGGGGUUUAUGUGGUUUUUGCUGCUUGUUAAUUAUUUAUUGGAAUAUAGUAGUCAUUCCUCGUGUGAAAUUGAAACCGUGCACAUGAUAGUAAUAAUCGUUUACAUAAUUCUCUUAAUCAAACACAUUAAAACAUUAGCCAAACUUGUCGAAGGAGA